AAGAUGCAACGGCGGUGACGUAUUCCCGACUACUUGUGCUUCCACAUAAACAGUAGGAGAUGAUUCAUAACUGCAUCGAUACAUUAUAAGAAAAUUUGUUAUUUAAAGUGUUUGUAUCGUGUACCGACAAAUUAUGAAAGUAUGUAUAAUUAAGGAAAAGUAACAGUGUUAUAGAAUGCGGCCAUCAUUGUUAUCUUGCUAACCUAUGAUCAUUUAUCGCAUGUAUGCACGUAAAUUAUACGAGUAGUGUUAUGCUUCAAGUUUAAGUAUAGAAGAAUUAAUAUCUUCUAGAUAUAGAACGUGUGAAAUAUUUGUGAAUUAGAAGAACGUAAUAAUAUUGCGUUUAGAUAUCACAACAGAUAUAACCUAACAUUUUGACGAAAAUAUGAGAUUACUUAAAGUAAGACUCUCGUAGAAAACAAUUAAUAUAAUUCACAUAGGGUGUCUGUUAAAAUAAUGUAUUGCAUUCUCUUUAAUGGAUAAAUAUUUUAUUCGACGUAAGAGAAUUGUAAAUGGAAAAGAAAAUGUGCGAAAAAUAUACCAUCGGUUACUGGAUAUCCGAGAAAAAACGGCAAAAGUUCAAUUGGAAUCAUUUUUACAAUCUCUGUGAAGCUGAAGGAUUUCAAUUAAAAAUGAUGGACAUAGAUUCUGAUCUUGAAUCUCAGGGACCAUUCCAUGUUUUUAUACAUAAAUUAACACCGAAACUAGCGCUUGCAGAACGUGGUGAUCAAAAUGCCAAAGCAAUUAUUUCAAAAAUCGAAGAGUACUUCUGUCGACACCCCAAAAUAAUAGUUAUUGAUCCUUUGGAAAAUAUUAAGAUUUUAAUAAAUCGUUAUAAAUACUAUGAGCUCAUACGAGAACACAUACAAUUUAAUGAUGUAUUUACUCCAAAAUUCGUAGAAAUUAAAACGAAAGAUACUGUUGAAAAUAUAUCACUGUUAAAAAAGGCAAAUAUUAAGUUUCCAAUAAUCUGCAAACCACUUAUUGCUCUUGGUUCUAGCGAUGCACAUAAGAUGAUGGUAAUUUUCAAUGAAGAGGAAUUGAACAACUGUCAACCACCUUGUGUAGCACAAGAAUUUAUUAAUCACAACGCAAUUGUUUACAAAAUAUACAUAGUCCGUGAACAUUUUUAUGUAGACGAGAGACCCAGUUUUAAGAAUUUCUAUGAAGAAGACUGUACUUCGUUAAAUACCAUAUUUUUUAAUUCGCUUAAUAUAUUUAAGAGUGGUUCAACAUCCAAAUGGUCAAUCUUAUCAGAAGAGAACAUUCCAUUAACGCUAAAACCAAAACAGGAAGUAUUAGAGAAGAUUGUAAACGAAGUUAGCAAACUUUUUGGACUUAUUUUGCUUGGUGUUGACGUUGUGAUUGAAAAUCACACUGGACGAUAUGCAAUUAUAGAUGUAAACGUAUUUCCUGGAUACGUAGGCUAUCCAAACUUUUUUGAGCAGUUAAUAGGAUGCGUUAGACAGUUGUUAGUCGAACAACAAACAGAUACACAACAACAUUCUAAAAGCUAUUCGUUGAAAAAGUGUUUAAGUGAUGACCUCGAUUCUGGUUUUGAAAGCGAUGAAAAAAAGAAAUGUUCUACAAAGACAACUAAAUAAAACGUGAGAAACAGUAACUAAUUUAAGAAAACAGAUGACUAUGAAAUUGAUAUCCCAGUUUACUAUAUUCUAUCAAGUACAAAAAAGUAUUGUUUGAGAAAAUAAUACACUCUCUUUUUACAAUAAAACAUCAUCUACUCAUAUAUUCAAGGACAGCUGUUUCGGUUGUUGUAUCAGAUCUCCUUUUUGCAAUAAAAAAAAUUAUUUCUUUUGUA